AGAAAGUACAGCUGCACACCAUCCAAUUAACCAUUCCUUACAUCAAAAAGAAAGAAAAAACGCAUCGAGCAAAACAGAAAGAUGGGCUGGCUCUGGUCCUCGAACUCUGACAAAACCUCAGACGGCGGCAAGAUCGCUCCCGACCGAACAUCCCGCCAGCGCUGCUGGGAAAGCCGGGAUCUCUUUUUCAACUGUCUAGACGAUAGCAACAUCAUUGACUCCCUAAAAAACGAUAAGGAGGCACGGCGGAAAUGCGGGAAGGAGAUUGCUGCUUUUGAGAAUGCUUGCUCGAAGACUUGGGUAAAAUACUUUAAAGAAAAGCGCGUGAUGGAAUAUAACCGAGAUCGAACGAUUGAGAGGAUCAAGAAGGAGGAUGCGGCAACCGUUGCGGAGUUGAAGGCACAGCGGGCGUCUAAUUAAUCGGUGCAACGACGCGGUGCUCGAGGUCGCGAGGGGAAAAGCGAAUACGGCGAGAGGAGACUGCCAGGAUAGGAAUAAAGGCACAUUUGGCAGGGACUUAAAAACGUCUAUCUGUAUAAUUUAUUUUGAGGAUUAACUCCACUGUACCACUAGAAUAUCGUCAUGAUGC